AUGGGUUUGAAAGUCCUCUUCCUCGGGCUCCUGCUUCUCUCUGAUGAGUUGCUGGCACAAAUUGGCAGAGGUCGCUGCAGUCUUCCUCUGGAUACAGGCCGCUGCAAGGCAAGCUACAUCAGAUACUACUAUGACAAAAAAUCCAACAAGUGCACAGAAUUUGUGUAUAAGGGGUUCAAAGGGAAUAGGAAUCGGUUCGAUACUGAAGAGGAAUGCCAGCUUUUCUGUGGGAAGAAAGGUGACUGCAUGCUUCCUCCAGACCUGGGACGCAGCCUGGCAAGCUACAUCAAAUACCACUAUGACCAGACGUCCGACAAGUGCAUAGAAUGUGUGGAUGGGGGGUGCGAAGGGGAUAACAUCUGGUACAAUACUGAAGAGGAAUGCCAGCUUUUUUGUGGAAAGCCAGCAGCCCUGAGAGGAACAGUCAAGGAUAGGAGGACGGAGGAAGCGGCGCCCGUCAUGCCAACCCUCUCAUCAGAUAUGCAAAAAGAAAAACAAUAUGCUGAAACAUAG